AGUAAUGGAUAAGGUUACCUUCUGGCCCUGGUUUGAUGCUUUCUGACCUAUACCCUCACGAGGCUGUAAUUAUACUUGGUGAAGUUUUCAGGCUUUAACUGCAUCUUUCACUGAAUGGGCUUUUGGGGUUCUUUUCCUUCUUUGCUCCCCUACCUGGAGCUAGCUCCUGCUACCAACCCCCCUUUUAUGAUGCAAUAAGAGAAAGUGGCUGAGACCUGGUCUGGGACAUUGCUAUUUUAGAAAGUUGAAACUCAAGACUCGGCAACAAGUGUCAAGGAAAGGUUUUGGGCUUUGCUAAGGUGAAGGAUUGUGGCAGGGGUCACAGAAGCAAAAAGGAAUAGAAAUCUAAGGAGAUUUGUACCCCAAAUUUUACCCCAAAAUAUAUUUUACAACCAGGGAACUAAACUUGAGCAAGAGACCUCACAGCACCAUGACUGAGAUCACUGCUGAAGGACGGGUGUCUGCCACCACCGGAUAUAUGACAGACAACAAGAAUGGAACUGUUCUGAAACCCUCAGCUAAUGUGCCAAAGAAAUCUGUGGCUGACAACUUAGCUUCAACAUUCAGCUCCCCUACAGCAUGGUUGCUUGUUGUAGCCUUAAUUGUCACCUGGUCAGCUGUUGCUGUUGUCAUGUUUGAUUUAACGGAUUAUAAGAGUUAUGUUGGAGGUAUAAGUAAGCUCGGCUCUGACCCAAUGAAAGUCAUAGACGAAGUUGUGGAAGAGUCCACUAACUGGAUUCACGGUGUCAUGUCGUUACUGUCUGACAUGAUAAAGCCUGACGAUGAUGACGACGAAGGUGACACCGAGCAACCACUGAAGAGGAGAGGUGAAGCUGAUCCAUCCAAGCAGAAAGUAAUGAAAACAAAUGUCAAAGAAACAACUGAAAGAAAAUCAAGGGAUGUAAAGAAAGCACCACUGAAAGAGGUGAGGAAGGUUAAAUCCACCAAGACAGAGGAAAAGAUGAAGGCAGCAAAACCAGAAAAGAAAGUAGAGAAAGCCAAGAAAGAAGUCAAGGCAGUGGAAAAAGCAAAUCCCAAAGCCAAGCUGAAGGAGAAGACACCCUCAAAGACAGAAUCGAAAGAUCACUUUGAGUUCUGUCGCUAUGUGGUUGACUUGUAUACACAUGAGGAUGUUUCUUCAGGGAGAAAUCCUGUUGUCAAGCCUGUGCAAGUAAAAAAAGAAGAACCUAAAAAGAAGCCAUCCCAAGAACCUAGAAAGAAGCUGACCUCAGAAAUUGAAAGAUCAGCAAAAGAUAAACCAGAAACUGGAACCUCCACAGCAAAACACAAAGCCCAGGAAACUGCUCCUCCUUCUGGAAAAAAAACAGCAAAAAGAAAACAGCCUCCUAAUAGACCAAAGGAAACAAAAGUUGAAAAGAAACCUGCCGCAUAUCCAAAAGAAACUAUAAAAACUGAGGAGGUUCCUGUUCCAAAAGUAGCUCAAGCUAAAGCAGAAAAGGUGAUGAAGAAAGAAGGUAAACCAGAAAAGGUUGUAAAGAAAGAAGUUAGAACCCAGAAGGAGAAAGUUCCUGUUCAUGUGGAAAAUGAAAAGUCAAAAGAAUCAGAAGUGGUCAAAGAAAAAGAUAGUCCAUCACCGACAAAGAAAGAGCCUGAAGUUGAAAAACAAAAAGCCAGCCUAGCACAAACAAGGAAAGUAUCGCAGACAAAGAAGGAAGUAAAGUCUUCAAAAGCUGCAGAACCAGCCAAAGCAUUGAAAACUGAAGAACACAAAGAGUCAAAACGUGAAAAGGAGAAAGAAAGACCUGCAGCUGUUCCUAAGGGAAAAGAGCCUGAAGCUACAAAAGAUGAAAAAUCUGCUAAGACAGUCAGAAAAGCCAGAGGAAAAUCAUCAAAAGAAAAGCUGAAGGAAGUCAAACCACUUCCUCGUGCUGCUGAAGCCAAGCCAACAAGAAGCCACCCUCCAACAAAGACAUCGCUACCAACGAAAGCACCCCUUCCAAAACUUAAAUCUUUGAAACCAACAAGUAGCAUGCCAUACUUCCAAUGCAUUUUUGUUGAUGGAAGCAAUGGCUACUCCUUCACACACAUGCAGAGUCGACCUGUGAUCCCCAAAUCAUCAGAAAAGAAGACAUGGUCCACAGGGCAUUAGGAGAUAAGAGACCAAGUGAUUGUGGAAAUUUUUCACUACAGACCUUGCCCUGAGGUUUGUGGUAAUUGUUGCAGUGUGAUCCAAGUGGAUCGAGUGGAUCUUGAGAGUUUUUUUACUGUUUGGAAAUACAGGAGGCUGGAUGGAUGAACAGUAUGUUCUAGAAAAGAUCUAAAGCUUUUUUGGCUGUGGUGCUAAUUUAGUGUUGCAUUUUUUUUUCUGUCUUUACCCGUCAGUGUUUCCUGUUUAAUUUCAAAAGUAGUUCAAUUUUGCUGUAUUUUACUGUAAGUGCAGCCUCUUGCUUACACAGUUCUUAUAUUACUGUACAGAACUGUAGAAAGAAAUAAUACCAUUAUACGAUUAUAACAGUGGUUAUACGACAGCUGGUGUUGUGAUUCUAAGGGCUACUUAAUUAGCAAAAAACACAGAAAAGAAAUAGAUUUAAAUAAAUAAAUACAUUUCAUCAGGUGCAAAUGCUGUGUAGGUGAUGAGUCUGCCUCUAGAGGUGACUUCUGCGUGUAAAACAUCUCUAUCUUAAGUUUCAUGGUUAGAUUUUAAUUCUGUAUUAUAAAUGACUUCUCUUAAUUGCUGUACAUCACUGUGAACUGUGCCAUCUGUGGUUGUUGUUAUUGAACACCAAGUUUUAUUUCACUUAUGGUACCGUAUUUUACGAGAAAAAAAAAAGAGACAUUAAAAAUAUGGUUUAUUUUGCACAACCUGCAAUAGUUAGGGACCAGCCAACCAAUAGGGACACUGUGAAUAGGUAUUUUCAACUUCUAAGAUUCUCAUAAUAUGCAGACAGGUGUCUGAGAAAGCUUUCAGUUACAUCACACAAAGGCAGCAUCGCGGUGCCAAUGCAAGCUCUAUGUAAGCUCUAUCUUAAUUCAAUGAAUAGUUGGUUCAGUUUAGCACAUUGAAACUGUGAGGCCUUUACAUUAGAUGAUGUUAUGGUCAUCUCUUUCUGUUGUUGUUUGCAGUUGUAAAUAUAUUUUGAAGUGCUGUCUUUUUGCUUUUCAUGCCUUUCCAAUGUGGUGAAAUUUAAGUUUUUGUGUAAAAAUGUAAACAUUUUAUGUGCAGUUUCUUACUUGACGGGUUGCAGACAAAUAGCUGUAUCAAGUAUUUUAGAUACUUUUUUUGCACACAGGAAAAACUGGACAGACAGUGCUGGGCUUUGCAAACUCCUAGAAGUAACACUGCUAAUAAUGAAAUAAAGCUGUGUCUUCCGCAUCGUGGAGCGGUUUAUCCAGGCAGUUUUUCAUUUUACAACUUUAUAUAUCUAAACCAUCUAUGUCUUACAACAUAGUUGCUGUAUUACAAUGCAUGGUUAGUUUGAGGUACAGUUUAAAACAAAAUAGACUUGGCAGUAUUUUACUGCAAUAGUCUCUGAGCAUUGUCUUGUAUUCUUUGCAUAAGCAAAAUAUUUCAUGUCAUUAUUCUACACUGUAAACCAGCCUAUGAGGAAAAUUUGUACCCAUUGAUUUCAAGCCAAAUGUAUCUAAGAGCGU